AAAUGAACAAUUCAAAUAAUAUCCAAACAAAAUCAGAAUAACACAUUAUAUAUUUGUCUAUUACAAAAUCAGAAUAACACAUUCAUUAUAUAUUCGUUUAUUACAAAAUUAGAAUCAUGCAGCUUAUAGCUAUAAAAGUACAGACUAUAGAUGGAACCUCUGAGAUAUAUCGCUUAGGACGUUUCAUGCCAUUGAAGGAAUCUUAUUGUAUGGAUAAGGGUGUGGCUACGGAUUCGAUACGUUUAUUUUUCGAUGGAUAUGAAAUUAAAGAGAAUGACACAGCCGAUUCAUUGCAAUUGGAAGAUCAAGAUCAGAUAGACAUGGUCAAUGAGGUGGAACAACAUGGCGAUGGGCCUGGUGUUGGCCAAAUUGCUUAAGGUCAAUGAACUGUUUGCGGUAGAAGUGCUACGUUUUCUUAGAAAGGGGCAUGCCCGGCCAGGACAUGCACUUGUCAUAUCAAAGGCGCUCUGGCGGCAGGAUAAUUUGUUUAAAUUGUAAGGCGCACAAUUAUGUCGUCGACAUGCAAACACACAAACACAAGUGCACGGAGAAAGCCCUUAGCUAGACACAAAAGUGCCGGAUGUCAUGCAACCCCCUAACAAUGAUUUUGUUUGCCUUCUCUGCUAUACAUAUACAAAUGUUUUCUCGUUCAUAUAUA